AUGACUCCACGAUCCACAAAACAGAGUGGUCUGGCUUCACUAGCGUGUACCGAGUGUCGCAAACAGCAUUUGAAAUGCGACGCCCGGAAGCCGACAUGCUCUCGUUGCUUGCAAAAUGAAUAUUUUUGCCAAUAUCUCCCCUCGCGACGUGGCGGCCGCAGGAAAACCCGAGAGCCCAUUCGCCGAGCCUCGUUUUGUCAACCUGAUCAGAUCAACACAUCCCUUGUUACCCCUGGUAACACGCUUGGGCAACCUGAUACACCGGAUAGUACGUCCUUGUCGAGAACAUCAGGACCAGCUGUAGGCAUUCCAGCGGGCCAGGUUCCCUGGCCUAUGCUUCCACUGAGAAACGAACUUCAUCAAUCACGCUCCGAAUCAGCCCGUGAAUCAUGGUACCACGAUGAUCGCUUUUUACGAUUGUUUUAUGAGAAUUUUCAUGUUGCGCAUCCAAUUUUGGUUCCAAGCGCUAUAUAUCGUGACAGACAGUAUCCCGACUUUCUCCAAAUGGUGGUGAAUUUUGUUGGCUCUCACUAUAUCUCGUCAAAUCCAAUUCAACAGUACAAAGAUAAAGUGAUUGAAGAGCUCAACUGCAGCCGAGAUCGAUCGCCCUGCAUGGUUCAAGCAUGGCUGAUUUACUCAAUUGCUGUUUACGCCCGAGGCGAAUGGCAGGAAGCUCAGGAUGCAUUCUCACAAAGUGUAUCAAUAGCUUUGGAGUUGGGCAUGAAUCGGCGGGACUUUGCUACUUCGGGGCAUCCAGAAACCUCCAUUGAGGCUGAAAGUAUGCGAAGGACUUGGUGGGAGUUAUACAUUACAGACGUAUUCAUGGCAGCACCUUUCAAACACACGACAUUCCAGUGCAGUACAAUGGCACCGGAGGUUGCCCUGCCUUGUGAGGACUCAGCAUACACCGGUACAUGCGACAUUCCAACACCCCGAAAGAUCCUUGACUUCAAGCGGAGGGUCUUUGCCCCCGACGAAACAGUUUUCUCUUCUUCAAGUUACCGGAUCGAGGCCGUGACAAUACUAUGUCGUGCCUUAGUGCUGAAUGGACUUCGGGACUAUCAUCGAGAUCACUUGCAAGCCGUCGAAAAUGCGCUCGUUAGCUGGAUCAACCACCUGCCAUCCAAAAAGUUAGAUAUCGUCGACUCGUAUGGAAACAUCGACGAGAUGAUGUUUCAAGCACAUAUGACCAUUGCAUAUGCCACAAUGCUCCUACACCUGCCCCGAAGCGAUCUACAGCCCGUCUUGUCUCAAUCAGAUGAUCAAUUCUGGCCCGUUGCAACUCGCCAUCUCGCAUCAACGCUUAACCGCUCAAUACAUAGCAUCAAGGCCACUGAAGCCUCACGGCGUCUAUCGGACGCCAUAUCCCUUUGCCCCAAUGUCCCGAAACACACACCUUUUGCAAUCCCCGCCUUAGCGCUCUGCGGUAUGAUCCAGCUCGCUACCUCUAUCAAGCACAACGAAGAGUGCUUCGAUCACCAUUACAACCGUGUUACUCUUAUUCUGGGGUGUUUGAAAAGUACAAAGCGGAUCUGGAACCUAGCAGACGCCGCUUAUGACCAUUUACGAUCUUCUGCAGCAGAUAACCUGUCGGACUCUAUGGAGCGGUGGUGCACGGAGCCUCCCAGGAAAUUAUUUCCAUCAGAUUCAACACCUAGUAACACAGAACGUAUCAACCAACCCGCACGGCCAAUCUCAGCAAUAUCGGAGGGGCAGGAUAUGUUGUUUCCUCCCCUUGUGUCAGCUUUUGUUGAUCCAACCUGUUACAAUGAUUCAUUCUUCACCUCUCUCCCUGAUUUCGAUAUACACUGA